AUGCAGCCCGUCCGAUUUCUGGACCGAGAGCUCUUCCCUUGGCUGGUCAGCGUAACUCGCGGCCUCAGCCAGGUGCUCUCGGUGCCAGCAGAAGACCUUCUGCCAGUUCCUAGCGUUACGGUGGGCGCCAACACGGUGCUGCGGUCCUGGCAGCGCCACGUGAAGCCGGAUUCCUCGCAGCGUGCCGCAAUCUUGUCGGUGGCCUAUGGCUCUACCAAGAAGCUCCUGAGAAGGAUGGCCGAGGAGUCUGGCUUCCAGGUUGAUGAAGCCGUCAUCGAGUUUCCCUUGGGUGCAGAUGCAGAGGAAAAGAUGCUCGCUUCACUGGAGGGUUGCCUCCAGCCCACUACAUCCCUUGUGGUUCUCGAUGCGAUCCCCUCCAACGCUCCCUUCGUGCUUCCGCUCCGCGAGGCAGUAGCGCUCUGCCGCGCCAAGGCCCCGCAGGCCUUUGUCAUGGUAGAUGCCGCGCAUGGACUUUUCAGCCUACCCCUGAAGCUGACGGGCCCCUCCGCAGUACCAGUGGAUGCCCUGGUGACCAACUGUCACAAGUGGUUUUGCGGACCCAAGGGCACUGCGGUGCUCUACGUGGCCCCGGAACACAAGCAUUGGGUGGACCCCUUGGUCAUAUCGCAUGGAUAUGGGUCAGACUUCCCCAGCGGAUUCUAUUGGCCUGGUCUGGCAGAUUUCUCCUCAUGGCUGGCUCUGGAUGAAGUCCUGGCCUUCUGGGAUCUGGUUGGGCUGGAGCCUGCGAGAAUUUACGGAAAUUACUUGGUCAUGGACGCGGCGACGAUGCUGUCCGAUGCCUGGGGCACUUCUCUGGGCAUCCCGGCCUGGAUCUGGAGGUACUCGCAGGCAGUUGUCUUUGCAAUCGCCGAGGGCCUAUGCAUGCUGUGUUCGUACGUCCUGAGGUACACGUACGAUGAUGCCGAAGCUGUGCAGAAUGCCUUGUUCCAGCGGAAGAUUGAAGUUCCCAUCAAGGUUUUAUCGGAGAAUCUGUAUGUUCGUUUCUUCGAAGCACUCAGCACAUGGAUUCUGCAGAUCCGGCGUGUUGUUAAUGUGAUCAAGGGGACAGGAGCUGGGUACGGUGGGCGGGUGUACUGCAUCACGAAAGGUGUGUGA